GCCUUUUUUGUUUGCAGUGGAAACAAUUUCUCGCUCUUCGGCUCGCACCGACGCGGACCGCUGCCCGUCGAGAGCGCGGGGCGGGCGGGGGGCGGGCGGCGGCCGGGCCCCAUGCUGGCGGCGGUGCCCCCGGCGCCGGGACCGCCGCGGCACCCUCGGGGCUCGGGCUGAGGCGGGGGGCGCGCGAUGCCCGGCUCCAUCAGAUGAAAGUUUGCGCCAGAGCCAUGAAGGGACCGCGGUGAAACCACCGCCGCCCCCCUCCCCCCCGCCAGAAGCUCAUGGGACGUAACUUCCAUUUGAAGUCAAAGUUGAGCUUGCGGCAUAGGUAGGCGAUGCCGGUGCCCCUGGAUCCUGGCAGUACUCAUGUUUACCUUCUGGCUGUGUUGGACGCUGUUUUGAAAGCUAGGAAGUGAGACCUACGAGCUGCUGUCUAAAUGGGUCCAGUCAUGCCUCCCAGUAAGAAGCCAGAGGGCUCAGGAAUUAGCGUUCCCAGCGGAUUGAGCCAACGUUACCAAGACAGCGAUCUAUCAAAGGCGCUUCAUGAUGACGAGGACCUAGAUUUCUCUUUGCCUGCCAUCAGAUUAGAUAAAGGGGCCAUGGAAGAUGAAGAAUUAACUAAUUUGAACUGGUUACACGAGAGCAAGAACUUGCUGAAAAGCUUUGGGGACUCGGUGUUAAGGAGCGUGAGCCCUGUUCAGGACAUUGGUGAUGACACGCCGCCAUCUCCUGCCCACUCUGACAUGCCCUACGAUGCCAAGCAGAACCCCAACUGCAAACCUCCUUAUUCCUUUAGCUGCCUCAUAUUUAUGGCCAUUGAGGACUCGCCAACCAAAAGACUGCCUGUAAAGGAUAUAUACAACUGGAUCUUGGAACACUUUCCGUAUUUUGCAAACGCGCCCACUGGAUGGAAAAAUUCUGUGAGACAUAAUCUAUCCUUGAAUAAGUGUUUUAAGAAAGUGGACAAAGACAGAAGUCAGAGUAUUGGAAAGGGGUCCUUGUGGUGUAUAGACCCAGAAUAUAGACAAAAUCUUAUUCAGGCUUUGAAAAAGACACCCUAUCACCCAUAUUCGCAUGUGUUCAAUACACCUCCCACAUCUCCUCAGGCAUAUCAAAGCACAUCAGGUCCACCCAUUUGGCCAGGAAGCACCUUUUUCAAGAGAAAUGGAGCCCUUCUACAAGGUCAAAGUCUCACAGUGCUUGCAAUUGCAUACAAUAAAGAUCCUGACAUUGAUGCUGCCACUGCCAUGAUGCUUUUGAAUACUCCCCCUGAGAUACAAGCAGGUUUUCCUCCGGGAGUGAUACAAAAUGGAGCUCGAGUUCUGAGUAGAGGGAUAUUUCCUGGAGCCAGGCCAUUGCCAAUCAGCCCUAUAGGAAGCAUGGCUGUUGCAGUAAGGAAUGGAAUAACAAACUGCCGGAUGCGGACAGAAAGUGAACAGUCCUGUGGCUCUCCAGUUGUUAGUGGUGACCCAAAGGAGGAUCACAACUACAGCAGUGCCAAAUCUUCCAACCACAGGAGCACAUCACCUGCUAGUGACUCCGUUUCCUCUUCCUCUGCUGAUGACCAGUAUGAAUUUGCAACUAAAGGUAGCCAAGACAGCAGUGAAGGAAGUGAAGUUAGCUUCCAGAGCCACGAGAGCCAUAGUGAAACAGAAGAGGAGGACAAAAAGCAAAAUCGAAAGGAGACCAAGGAUUCUUUAGCUGACAGUGGGUAUGCAUCCCAGCACAAGAAAAGGCAACAUUUAAUGAAGGCGAAAAAAGUACCAAGUGACACACUGCCUCUUAAAAAGAGACGUACAGAAAAGCCCCCUGAGAGUGACGAUGAGGAGAUGAAAGAAGCAGCAGGAUCACUUCUGCAUUUAGCAGGAAUUCGAUCCUGUUUGAACAACAUCACCAAUCGGACGGCAAAGGGGCAGAAAGAGCAAAAGGAAACCACAAAAAAUUAGAACAAAUCAAUGAUUUGUUUGAACUUACAAAGUUUUGUUUCAGCACGUCAGGUGAAUUCUAAUGAUUUGUGGCAAUAUCAGCAAUUUUUUUCCUUUUUUGUUUUUCUUUCUAUUUGUUUUUGGUUUGUUUGUUUUUCUUUUUUCUUUUUUCUUUUUUUUUUUUUUUUUUGGACCCUUAAGAUUUUUAUUUUUAAAGGAGAUUGAAGCCAUAGAACUCAUACUGACACUCAGCUAAUUUACAAAAGCUUUUCAAUACCUGAAGACAAAAAGUUAACAAAAAUAAAAGCCAAAAUCGCCAUUGCUUUCUCCGGCUUGUCAAAAAUGCAUGGUUGAAUAUGCAGUGACAUCAACAUUAAUGUGAUGGGAGUAAAAUUGGGCACUUGGAAAUCCCUCUUAUACUAGAAGAGCUGUGCAUAAUUUAGUAAUCAUUCAGGCCUGGCCCUUAAGAAUUUUUAAUGGCCUUAUGGUUGGGUUAGAAGUGAAUGUGAAUAAAGAGAUUUGGGGGAAAGAGGAGGCACGCACUUCUCAACACCAAACCAAGAACCAUCUAGUGGCACUUCGAUAUGUUGUGCCAUAGAAGUCUUUGGACAGCCACUGGUGGCAACUGCGCAAACCAUAAUGCACUUUUAGUGCUUCACGUACUAUAUGUGGCUCAAAAUGUGAAGACUGGUAACUAAGUUUGGGGAAAUUUGAACUAUGUAUGCAAUGGGUUUCAGUGAAAUUAUGUGAAGAAAUGUGGUGGUGGCGGGGGUGUCACUGUUAGUAACAUCGUAAAUCGUUGAAUUCUGUCUUCUAUAGUAAAUUAAAAGAAUGUUCAAAAAGCCAUAAGCCUGAAGAUUGGCACUGCGUGCAAAAAAUAAUAGUAAUAGGGAAAAACAAGCUAUGUCUUCUAAACUGCCUGAGUGAAAAGCAAUCAAGUCUAAGAAAUUACAGUAGAUAUUAAGGAAGGAAAUACAUCAGAAUCUUUUUCUGUGGAUCAAAUCCUUGAUCUAAAUGGGGAAACAAAGCUACAAAACCUGCCAUUAGUAGUACUCUGUAUUGAAAAAUAAAAGGAAAGCAUAUUGGUGAACAGUAAAAUUCGGAAGUUCAACAAAUGAGCUCCUACACUGCCCUCAGAAAUGAGUGUGCAGUUACUGUCAGUCAGGAUUCGUCUGUGCAAAAAUGACAACAGAUUUCCAGAUUCAACCAGUGUAGCCAGCAGAAGAAAUUUGAUCCACAUUGCAUGGAUUCCUUUUGGGAGGGGCGGGGGGGGGGGGAUACAAAAAGCAAACAAUUUUUUUUAUUCAAAGAUGACAAAGUUCUUGUAAGGUAAAUAAUGUAUUUAGCAUGAAGCAUGAAUUAUUUUCAUAUAAAUAUAGAAAAUAGAGAAAAAGGCUAUGCCUCUAAUUUUUAAGCCCUUAGGCUUAGAGUUUGUUUUUUUUGGGUUUUAUUUUUUUUGUUUUGUUUUUGUUUUGAUUCUUUUUUUUGUUGUUGUUGGGGUUUUUUUGAAGCAGGUGUUUAAGGUUUAACCUUCUUCAGGGACAAACACUGACUGUUGGGGAACUUACUCUGCAAUAUUAAAAAAUAAAAUCUUCAUGCUCUGGUAGGGCUUGGAUGGUUGAAUUAUACUGCCUUGUCUGCACAUUCAGCCCCCCUCUCCCUACUUCUGUUAAAAAAAAAAAAAGUAAAAGUGUGUCCUUUCUUCGUCUGUACAUGUGUAACAUGACGCAAUAAUCUGAGGGCAAAUUUAGUAGUGAGUGUGUAUGACAGAAUCAAGAGAAUAAUGGGAGGUUAAUUAAGGAAAACUCUCUGAUUUCAUUCAGGAAUAAGUAGACAAGAAAAUAGCUUUGCUAAUUUGCCAUGAGAAAAUUAAGUUAGUAAAGAGCCUUACUGAGGUAUACAGAGAAAAACCAGUGUUACAGAGAGUGUGAUUCCGGUAUAGUGCUACUCUCCUGGUAAUGACAACUAUUAUAUUGGAGAUCCCUACAGCAGAGGGAAGCUGUGAAGUAAAUGAAGACAGUCUCUCUCACUUGGAUUCAUGAAUUUGGCAUAAAAAAUUCUACACUUAGAAUGUACUAGAGACAAGAAGAAAAUCCCGGGAACCAACCACUGAACAGAACAAAAUGGUCUGUUUCUAAAAAUAAUACAGUUUCAUAUUUACAACUGUUACAGGCAGCAGUUUCACCAAGACGGAUCUAGUUUAUGAAGAGUGAGUUAGAGAAGGGUUUUACUUUCCACUCAGUGAACUAAAAAUCGCAUUUGGAGAUGCCCCUGGUGAGUGUUUGGUUAGGAAGUGGAAGGACUGAAGAGCGGGCUGGUCUGGACCUGGUUCCUGUGCUCCACAAGCUUUUUGUCAUGUGAAGACCAGGGCCACACUAGAGGCAGCGCAGGAAAAUGGUGCCUCUCCUCCUAUCUCACCCAGCAUGCCCUGGGAUCCAGGAGCUGCCUGACAGCUGCUGGAGCCCAGCACAACUGCCAGCUAUGCAGAUAAGGAAGGAGAGAGCAAGGCACAGCCCUGUGCUCCCCUCGCUUUGCUGAGGGCCUGCAGGGUUGUUUCCCAAGAUUAGUUAAGUUGGGAGUACAUAGAUACUAACUUCUGCGGGCUUCCUGUAGCCCUUAAGAUAAAGAUGGGGAAAACAGGAAGGACCAGUCCCUUGGCCAGGUAGCACAGAGAUGAAUGAGCCAUACUUUUCCCUUGUGUCACUGGACUGUGGUAAUUGGCUUCUUCCCAGGUCCACGCUCCCUACAGCCAGAGUCCACAGACAGUGAACCACACAACCCCUUGACAAGCAAACUUGGUCCUUUCAUCUUUUUCUGGACUUUGAGGAGCAUAAUUUGAAAUACAAAAUGCUACAAAAUGCCACAGCUUUGCUCAUUAAUGAGUAGUUGUACCAGCUCGGGAGCAGUUUAAUAUUUAUCAAAAGGCAACGUGGAAAAUCAAAUGAGUGGCAGAAAAUACACUGAAAGUGUGGCUCAGCCAUCUCUGUCCUUCAGAGAAAGCGAUGCAGUGUUGUACUGGUGGCCAGGUUCUGUCCACAUAUUGCAAUGCUGAUUCCAGAGCAGCUUCACUGGUUGUAGUGCGUCAGUGCAAAUGAGAUCGGUAUCUGUUCAACAAGUACCAUUCAUUAAUGUGGACUCUUGGUGGCUAAAUAUGUAAUUACCAGUAGUAUUACUCACCUUAGAAAACAGUCAUUUUGCAUAAAUAUCUAAUUAGACAGGUUAUCUUUUUACACAUGCACACAGAUAUAUAGAGAUACAUAUAUAAUCUAAGACUUCAACAACUCCUUUAUAUACUUGCUGGUAAACCUAAAAUGUUGGCAAGCAUCUAUUUUUAUAUAAAAUUUGUUGCUCCUAGUCUGAUCUGCUGAGGUGGUAUUAUUGAGUGGGAGUUCACAAAGUUACAUUCAGGAACUAGUAGUUUGGCUGAAGGCUAAUGCCAUCAACAGAUUGUGGAGUUUAAAAACAACUUGUCCUUAUCGACCCUUGCUCUGACUAUUGAUGAGAAGUACAUGAUUUGGAUUUGUAUAAAAUAUUUAGGAGUCACCUUUUAAGCCAUUUUUGUGCCUGGCUGACAAUGGCAGCUUUAUCAGAACUGGUUCUACUCUGUAUGAGAAGUUGUCUUUUUUAAUAAGAAUUCAGACCGAUCUGUUUUCCAAAAAAUAUGUCAGCUUUCCAAUCCAGAUGUCUCUACUUUGACUGAGUGAUGUCAAAAUGGAGUGGUAAUUGCACUGUAUUACAAGCUUUCUCACUUGCCAGACAUGAGGUAGUUUGGUUUUGCUUGUUCGCUCUCCUUACUAAGCCAUUUUGGGGUGAGAAGUUGUCAAAUCUCUGACUUUCCACUUUCCUCACUCUAUCAGUAUUGCCAAAUUAGUGUUUCUCCAAGACUGGUGGCGGCUAGGGGAAUCCCUGUAGGUCAGCAAGCAUGCAGUGGUGAGUUUCAUAUAGGCGUAAGUUGUGAGGGUUGCUGGACUUCAUGUCGGGUUCCUUUGGAAUAUGCCUUUUGCAGUGGGAAGCUCAUGCAGGCUCUAACUAAUGCCACAAGCAGAUUUCACCAGCAUCUGCAGGGAGGUGAAAUCCGAUGGUUGUGCUUGCAUUCUGCGAGCAAUUGGAUGUCCUGCUGCAUUUUGAGGCAGAUUAGGCCUGCAUUUAAAAAUUCAAACACAGGUCUUGAACAGCUUUAAAGUAUCACUCCAUAACUGUUUCCGAAAGCAGUCUGAUUCUGAUCUUCUCCUGGCAAAACCAGCAGUAGUUCUACCAAGCUCACAGGGUUUCACAGCUGAAGAGCCUGAUGUGGGAGUGAGGAGGGGUGCUGUGGAGGACUAGGGAGCUGUCCUGUGACUGUGUUCUUUUCUCUCUGGCACUCGAGGUCCAUAUUCUGGUCCUCUCUUAGAGGGGAGAAGGGAAUCUCAAAGGAGGCUCAUAGGCUCCCAGCGUUCAGCUGAAUUACUGUCUGCCUUUGGAAAAGUUACAGAGAAAUGCUGGGGGCUGCAUUCUUCACUGUUUUAGCAGAGAACAAAAUCCUAAUUGUACGCCAAAUGGCACCAGGGAUAAAAUCACCAAAACAACGCUUUGUCCCAGUUUCUCGGUAGCUGUGAUUGAUUUUCACUGAGAUUUUGGCUCCAAAAUCAUCUAAAGAUGUAGCUAGGCACAAUCUGAGGUCUUCUAGAAUCUGAAGGUGUCUGAUCUUCUUUGCAGUCAGUGGAGCUACAGACACCCAAGUGCUCAUGGAAAUCUUUACUAUUUCACUAUUACCAUUUUUCCUUGAAUCUGGCCCUAGGCAUUUUUGAAAACAUUACCGUGCUCCAGGAUCAGAAUAAAACUAUCGAGAGAAUACAUUUCCAAUUUCAGAUGCAAUGCAGUUUACUUCACUGGUGGAGAAUGCAAGCCCAGCUCCUUCAGGUAUGUCACUACUGCCUGAAUAACUCAUUGGCAUAUUUUAUGGGAAAUAUUUUGAAAUGUUUUCUUGACUUUGCCACCAAAAGAGCAUUUGAACCAUACAUUCUCCUGAUUGUAACAGAAUAUCAGUGUUGACCGUCUGACCAGUUAAGUUUUAGUAGUGUUCUUCACAGCCCUCCAGUAAUAUAUCAAACACUGUUAUGCACAUAAUGCAGCACUGUGAUCUAAUUUAAAUAAUACUUUUUUAUUAUUUAUACUACUCUAUGUAAUAUACAUCAACACUUUGCUAUAUAACCUAAGUGGUAACCCUCUUCUUAGUUAUCAGCCAAACUUUGAAUUUCUGUUUGGUUUAUAUUGCAAUUAGCACAGUUACCAAGUUGUAAUGAUGUCUCUUCUCCUUUGAAAUGGGAUGUGUAAGUCAAACUAUACAUUUUGUGUGUUUCUGUUUUGAGCUGGAGUUUAGAAGGAUUUACACACAACAUUCAGUGUUCUGUAUAAAUCUGCAUACAUUUGUGAAUUCAUCUGUUAAUCCCCUUUUAUUUAGAAAGUAUUAAUUGAUGGUGGUUUAUUAGGGGUUCUUAUUUUUGCAUUUUUAUUUUUAGUACUGGUUAUUCUUGAAUUAAGCAGAGACUUGUCAGCUGGGUUGCUUUAUCUUUGAUCAAGUACAUGAACUUACAAUUCUUCCACAGUUCAGCAAACAAGUACUAGCUUCACUGACCAAAAAAAAAAAUCUCAACCUAAUGUGUCUAUGGUGCUGUAUUUUGCAGGUGUACAUUUAAAACCAGAAAUGAUUUAAAGGUCACUUCUGAGUUGUUCUAAUAAGUAGCCUUUCCUGGUUUGGGGAGUUUGGGUUUUGUUUUGUUUUAGCGUUGAAACAAGGUAUAUUUAUCUGAAGCUAUAUAGUGGUUUUUCUACUGUAUCACAUUUCCUUUUGCAAAGAGGGGGAAAUCAACCUGAUAUAACAUCCUUUCACAGUCAGUGGAAGAGGGUUUUGUUUCACUUCUUUUCUUUCAGGGGAUUUCCCUGGGCUUUGGAUCAGGCCAGCAGUUACAGGAACUCAUCAUCUGAGGGUCUAAGGGAUAAAUGGCAAGUUGUGUUGGCCCUCAGUGCUAGGAGGGAUUUUACUGGAUGCUGAAAUUAUGUGCUGGAUUCUGGGAUGGCUGAUAGUCUAGAAAUGGGAAUCUUUUUCAUUUGUUUACUCUGGCCUGAAAUCCCAAGACUCUUGUUUUCUCAUUCAGAUGACAUUGAACUUGAGUACAUUUUUAAGUUACUAGAGCAUUGUACAUUUCCUGAGUAUGUGUGUGGGACAAUAAUUGAAAGUCAUACCUGUAUUUGAUAACCAGUUCCAUGCCUGCAUCAUUCACACUCACUACUUAAAACUGCCAUUGAUGUAAAAUGUUGGGGGGAAUGAUUUCUGUGUGUAUGAAAAGCAUUAUGGACUUGUACAUUUUUUUUAUACUCUGAUCUGUAAUUUCUGAAAUAUUUUGUUUUACAGAAAAAAAGUGAUAAAGCAAUCAAAAGACCAAGAGAUUUAGUAUCGAUGCUUAAGGGUCACAGGACCUUAACUGGCCAAUAAGUUAAUUUAGUACAGUGAUAAGCCAAUUUUUUUCCUGUACUUGGCGUCUGAAACUGCCAAUUUCAUCAAUAUUAAAAUAAGAACUGUGAUGAGGAAUGAACAGUGAUGUUAAGUUGUAUUUGUGUUUACCUAAAUGAGCAGUCCGAAGGCAAGUGCAAUCAGCUGAUCUUUAGGAAAUAUGAAAAUGUUGAUUUAGAGGCAUACUUGCAUUUUACAUUUUCUUGAUGUGUAAUCAUAUUGCCAAAGACAAACUAUUUCAUCAAUUAUUAUUGUAAAUAACACCUUCCCAAAACCUACCAUAAAGUUUCUGUGAUGUAUUGUCUUCCAGUUGCAAUAAAAAUUACUGAGUUGCAUCAAUUGAA